AUGCUGUUACGAGGUCUACUGCCGGGAGUGCGACAGUGCAUCGUAGCGAUACGUCGUGAGUUCACUGCUACUCCGUCUCUUUCUGCGAUUCCUUUUGUCAUCGAAAAUGAGGGACGGGGCGAACGUUCAUAUGACAUCUACAGUCGACUGUUGCGAGACCGCAUAGUAUGUGUCAUGACGCCGGUGGACGACUUCGUUGCGUCUUCUGUGAUUGCGCAGCUGCUAUUCCUUCAAAGCGACAGUAGUAAGAAGCCAAUCCACAUGUACAUUAAUAGUCCAGGUGGCAGUGUUACUGCAGGACUUGCUAUAUAUGACACAAUGCAAAUGAUCACUCCUCCUGUCGUUACGUGGUGUGUGGGCCAGGCGUCUAGUAUGGGCUCAUUACUUUUAUGUGCGGGUGAGAAAGGAAUGCGAACUGCAUUACCGAAUUCUCGGAUAAUGGUCCAUCAACCUAGCGGAGGAGCGCAGGGCACAUGCUCUGAUAUUAUUAUCCGUGCAGAAGAGAUUCAACGUUUAAAAAAGCGUACUCAGGAAAUAUAUGUCCAUCACACUGGACAAACUUACGAGGUGAUCCAAGAGACCCUGGACCGCGAUCGCUUCAUGAGCGCAUACGAGGCGAUGAAAUUCGGAAUCGUUGACAAAGUCGAGUCACAUAAGGGAUCA